AUGGCUCGUCGCGGCAAGAUCUCGAGAGCCGCCGGCUCGUCGCUCGACCCGACCCCGAUUGCGUCUACUCUUACGACGCCACUAAGCUCCGCCUACCCCUCGACGUAUGCUUCCGAAGCUGAAAUAGAUGCACUCGGAGACAGCAUCGGCUCUCUCACACUGAGCGAGCGAAGAGCAGCUAGGAGGAAGGCCAAGCCUUUUGCGUUCAUGGCCUUGCCAUCAGAACUUCGCCUCAAGAUUUACGACUACUACUUUGAAGGCAGCGGUGGCGUUAUAGACCUCGACCCAGACAACUACAAGACCUAUCACAAAAAGCUCGGAAUUCAAAGAACUUGCCGUACUGUCUAUCAGGAAGUCUCUCAUUACUUCUAUAGUAGCCGCUCGUUCCGCAUUUUCCCAACACACCCAGGCAAAUAUUUCAAAAGCAAGAAACCGCUCCUGGCUCGUAUGAAGCCAAGCUCAAGAUCGUACAUCACAUCCUUGGAACUCCGCCUCGGUCCUGGCUGGAGCAAGCCGCCGCGAGGAUGGGUCGUCACACCAGCCUUGGGCCUCCACGAAUGCGUCAACGUUCGUCGCUUGACAGUGUUGGUUGAAUGCGAUCCCAGCGACGGCAUUUUCAACGGGUUUCGCCGGUCAGAUGGCUUCUACGAAGGUUUCAGCCAGUCCCUCUUGACAGAGGUUUUCAACCAGAUGCCCUGGAUCGACACAGUGUAUUUCGAUGCCUGGCCUGGAGUCAAGAAGUCGGGCGGGAUGAUGCGUGCCCUUCUGGAGGUGACCGCGGCAAACGACCGAAAGAUCAGGUGGGGCCCCGAGAGAGGAUGGACUGAUGAACCCGAAAAAGACGAGGUCAAACCCACCAACUCCUUGGUUCUGGUGCCUCCGGCGUCGGAGUUCAACACGUCCACUAUGGGCGUACUGGUCAUGGCUUGA